AUGUACACAUCGAUUGUUUAUUUGUUGUGCGGGAUCGUAGGUACUUCCUUAGCCUACUACGACCAAAGGGAAGCACCUUAUUACACAGGUCCGAAUGAUCCAUACCAAAUAACGAAUACCUAUAACAUUCCGCAAGAGAAGUAUCAGCGACUCUUCUGGGGUAAUGGACAGGGAAGUAACCAAGUCGGUGGCACAGGAUUUUGGGCGACCCUGACCAAUAAAUUUCCAUUUUUAGGGAAUAUGUUUGGUCGUAUGGAAUUGCCCUCGGAAUACGGCGUACCAAAUAGGUUUAAUCCUUCAACUCAGUACACAGCACAAGAUUUCUACCCGGCACAAGUGUACCAACCAAGAUUUCGUCAGCAAGUGCCAUUUAGUAGGGAUGUGGCAAUCACUGACGAUGCGGUUAUCGUGACGCCGCCUCAAGUACCGAUUGCAUCCCAACCAGCACCAAUACCUCAGCCAGCACCAGUGCCAGCGCCGGAGCCGUCUCCAGGUUACAAUUACGAAAAACCACAGUAUAGGUUAGAACUUCCCAAUAAGUUUUAUUAA